AUGGCCGCAUCUACUGGCCCUCUACUGAAUGGCGUACUGCCGACUCCCCUGCAACCCGUCAAUGAGGCCUUGGAAUAUGAGAAGAUACUGAGGAUACGCGACGAGGUAUUUUCUGGAAGUCAUCCUAGAUUGACAGUGCCAGCCCAUGCCGUCCGAGUGCCUGCUUCUCAAACCCCGUCGACCCUUUCACAGAAUCAGUUGAAUGUACCUCCUCCAUUCCUUCCCAGUGCGUCUCCAAACCAUCUGGGAGCUCAGGCCAAGCGUGAAGAUGAGAUCACACCAAUUCAAACAAAACCAAACGGUGUUCCCGCCGCAACUGCCAAUCAACCUACCAGUAAUGUUUCUGAAUUUGACCCGGUCCUUUUGACAAAGUCCGAUGAUCUAGUUCGGGCCGAAAUACAGCUGAAGCGACAACGACUCGAGCGAGCUCUGAGAGAACAAUUUGAACAUAGAAAAGCAGAUGCCCGCAAGAAGCCCGCGCCAGCUGAGGCCAAACCCGACUUUGACCUCCCAGCCAUCUUUGCCAGAGUGACGGGUGCGGUCAAAUCCCCGUCUUCUAAAGAAGACGCCGAUGCUACCGACUCCUUCGACGAAGAUGCCUACUAUUCUAGCAAAGCGCCCGAUUCCACCCCCGAGAGACCUCCUAGCGACUCUGCCGACGACGUUGACGAAGAGCAGACAGAUGAGCCUGCAGGCUCACGCGUCGUUAGCGCCGUCAUGGGAGCUCCCUUGUACGCUGAUGCUGCUGAUGGUGUCUCUGCUGAAGUCGCGCCGCCGGCGCCCCUUGCCGUUCUCCCUCCCAAACCUGCCCCGACCAUCGACACGGCCGCGAUGGACAUGGAUGAGGAUGAAGAGGAAGGAGAGUAUUCACCCCCAGAAGCCAUGGUGCAAUAUCCCACACCCAAGGUCACUCAAGCACAGGAAAUGCCGGACAGUAGAGAUCCACGUGGUCGUCCCCUGCGCAGGUACUCUGAACUGGAAGACGGUGGAGGAAGGCCCGGUUCACCCUCGGAAGCCACCAUGCGGAUAGUAAGAAACCAUAUCACCUCUCCCAUUUGCCCUCAACCGUCCCGUGUGUCGCCUCUGGCUAUGACUAAGGAUUCUCCCCUCUUACAGAAUGCACGUCCCCGCCGGAAACAAUGGAUUGGCAGACCAGGAUCUCCCCCAAGUCCUGAUGAUAACCAAGCAUUACCGCCCAAGAAAAAGAGAAAGAUUGAUGGGCGUGAGGCUCGCAAUAACCGAAAAGCCCGAAGAAACGGUGGUGGAUCUCCAGACACCCUGAUCAAGGAAGAAGACGUCUCCCCUCCGCCAUUUCACGACGUCCAACCACUUGGUUCUGGCAGAUACCGAACCAGCAGAGCAGACCGUCCCAUCGUCAUUGAUGACGAUCCAGUCCAAGAAGGACGUUACAUGCCUGCUCCUGAACGGUAUGUGCAAUCUCCCUCGCGACCACUUCCGCGUCGGGUUGAACAGUUGAUGCCUCUGAGUGAGCCUCGCCCGUCGUCCAGGUCCAGUGUGAGGCCCGCCAGAGACGACCAGGACUUGCGCCGCGUGGCAAGCAUGCACAGUCUCCGCCCAGAGCAGCCACGAGAUUACGUCGACCAAUACUAUGAAACGCCCUCUCGCACACGUGCCAUGUCCUACGCCCGAGUGGAGAGUCCUGCCUUGGUGGAACCCGCUCGACCCCUUCGGGAGGUUGCCGUGGAGUACGACCAGCCUGCUCCAGAGGUCAGGGUUGUGCGCACACCAGCCCCCGUUUAUCGGGAAGUCUACGAUGAUCGCGACGGGACUUAUCAUCGCUAUACCGUCGAGCCCAUGCCGCCACCGCCCCCUCCCGUGGAGCGCAUUGUCAUCGACCAGUACGGCAGGAGAUUCCGCGAAAUUAUCCAGGAGCGGCCAUCUGUGGUCCCUCGAGCAAUGUCAGUCCGAGGAGCUGAAGCGGACCCGCGCUUCGAAGAAUAUCCCCGACAAGCCCGUGCCGGCUCAGUCUUCGUAGAGGCAGCGCCCGAGAGAGUUUAUCCUUCGGAACUGCCUCCCCCGCCAGUCUCAUACCAUCGUCUCGCCGAGCCACCCAGAAGUUCAGCCGUGCCCGGGCCCGUCCCUCGAGAAUACCUUGAGCCGGGCACACCCAUACGAAGCUCCAGCGUCCAGGUGAUGAAUCGCCCCGUCCGACCAGCCGUCUACGCCGAUGAGCGACCCGAAUUCCGGGAGCCCGUUCGUAUGGGGAGCGUGCGGCCCCCAGCAGCAUUGCGAUACGAAGAAGUUCAACCGGUGGAACUCGUGACCCGAGGUCAGAGCAUGAGGCCUGUUGGUCGUGAAGGGAGCGUGUUUGUGGACGACAGACGGCCCGUUCUAUCGGAGUAUGUUCCUGUAGAACAACCUAGAUACCGCCCGAUGGAGCCAGAGAGGAGGUACGUCGACGUCGAAGACAGGGAGAGACUCACCAUGGAUGCAUCAGUGGAAGGCAGACCGCGAGUAGUGGAGAGGUACUGA